AUGAUAAUUCAAUCAAGGCACCCAGAGGCACUAUGCCGACAACGACAUGGCUUCACACCUGGGUUGUGCCACCUUUGCCCAAGAAAGGCAUCUUUAGCUCGAGUGGCUUUGAAGGUACCAAGGGUGGCCCAGCCACGCUUCAGCACCCCACCAGCUUGGAGGACACUGGUUGAAGACCAAGAGUGUGAACAGAGCCAUAGGGCUGUAGGCAGUGACAAAGACACAGUACGGAGUAGUUGGGCAGACUCAGGGGAGGACUACAUCGAAGAUGUUUGCAGAACCCCAUUUUCCGUCAGUGAUGACAGGGUGAAUACAUCCAGAAUGUCCAGUGAAGCAGAGGGUUUGGAUGGGUUGAUGGUUCAGGAUGGGGGCAUUUUGGGGAAGGUCGCUGAGGCCUUUGGGCUGUCACCACGGAUACAGGGACUCCUGCUCCUGAAUGUUAUGACUGUGAUAAUGGCCACGAACUGGGUGGUUGUGAAGGAAACUGAGGAGAUCAUGGACCCCUUCACUUUCUCCGCCCUGCGGUUUUCCAUAGCAGCCAUGGCCUUGUUUCCUUUCAUCAAGAGCGCUGUGCAGAAAGACGAGAUUUUCAAGGCAGGGCUUGAGAUCGGACUCUGGACUGCUUUGGGAUACAUACUGCAGGCAGUGGGAUUGAUUAGCACUGACGCCUCAAGGGCAUCAUUUUUGAGCACAUUCACUGUGAUCUUGGUGCCCAUCUUUGCGGGUGUAACAGGCAAAGGAAUCUCCAAGCUGACAUGGGCUGCUGGGGCAGCCGCAGUGGCUGGGACAUUCUUGCUGGAAAAUGGGGGGGCAAAGGCAUCGAUUGGUGAUGUCUACAACCUCAUGAGUGCCGGAUUUUUCGCCCUACAGAUCUUCCGAACCGAACAUUACUGUCGUCUGCUGCCGCGCUCCGCGAUGAUGCCUGUGCUAGCUACAUCCGUCGCAACAACGGCGGUGGUGGGCAGCGUGUUGGCGGCAGGGACGCACCCCACAGAGGUCGCCUCCGCAUUGCACUCCCUGCUCUUGCCGACAUCUUGGAUGUCCACUUUCCACAUCCCAAUGAAGGAGCUGCUGUACACGGGUCUACUUUCAACGGACCUUGUGCUGCUCAUCGAGAUGGUGGCCCUGCACGAUGUGCCCAGCACAGAUGCCGCCAUCAUCUACACCAUGGAACCUGUGCUGGGGGCGUUGCUUGCUUAUUUCAUGCUGGGUGAACGCUGGGGCCCAAUGGGCUGGGCGGGCGCUGGAUUGAUUCUGGCCUCCAGCUUAGCCACUCAGCUUCUCGGCGGGGAGCCAGAUGGCAGCGAAGACGCCCCCGAGCAAGCCUGA